CUGGAGUUGAAGAAGGCUUCAACAUCUCCUUCUCCACAUAGAAAGUAGAAGUAUCGACGUAACUAAGAUGGAAAGCUAGUAGUAUCUGGACGUGAAUAUGAAACCUCGGAUUGGGAUUUUCGAAACGUGUCAUGCGUUUCUGUGCUAAAUAUGUCUAAUCAUCGAUCGGCCUACUUAUAGGUUAGAGGUGGAGGAGUUGGUCGUCUACUAACUUUAGCUGAAGCAAGAGCAUUUUUGUGAUAGUGAUUUGUUCUUACUAGAAGUUGUUUUCCCUCCUGCUUUGUAUUUUUGUAGUUGUUCUUGUAGUUGUAGUUCAUGUGAAAUAUUUACUACAACCUUGCUUCCUCAGAACCCAAGGACGAAAGGGAUGUCCUCGGCAGCUGAGAGGUCACUAGGCCCUUUGCAACCAGGCACUAGCUUUCCGACCCUAGGACAAUGCGACUCAACUCGAGGGCCACUGGUUUUCGAUGAUUUAUGCCGCGGUAAGUGGACAGUUUUUUUGUGGUGUCCACUAGAAGAUGAACGAGUUGGCGAAACUACGACCGGAGGUAGUUAUGACGGCGAACGCCAGCGCAUCAGUGUGCUUUAUGAUGCGAUACUUUUUCAGCCGGAAUAUCAACGCCGAGGAGCAAACUUGGUCGUGCUUACGAAUGCAGACUAUACGACAGCAAAAGCUGCUGUGAGCCGCGCAGCGCAGCAGCAACAGUCGGCACCGGGAGGACGUGGAAACGUGGUCGUAUCUUCAGGUCUUAAUACCGCAUCAGCCCGAAUCCGCAACACUGUGUUGAACAUGCUUUACCGUGUGGGACCUACAACGUCCUCCCGACCUGCCUCCAGCCAUGACACGACGCCAUCCCUUAAGGCAUGACACGACGCCAUCCCUUAAGGGCCACUGCUAGCUUACAACGAAAGAAAUCGUCUAUGCGAAUGGUAAGAAAUAUUAACAAGGAUGGCUCGAACGCUCACCCCCUGUCCCUCAUAGCUGAGCCCACUCCUAUCCCAAGGAUACGAUAAGAAGCUGGAAUGUUGACGCAAAGCUCUUCUAAUGGUGCACCGCAAAGCCUCCGAUCCCACUCGCCAGGAGCCAGUCCGCGGGCGGCAAGCCCUCAGGCAAAGAGUGUUGCGUCGCGCUCCUCUUCUGAAAACGGAAAUUCAACGAAAAACAGCCCCAGGUCGCCUCGCGGUGGCACCACUUGUUUUUCGCGACAACUAGUGCCUGCGUUGGAACGGGAACGGAUGGGCGGGGCAGUACGUCCUUGUAGCACUUCAUUCGACUAUGUGGUCGCGGCUCCUCAGUGACAACUCUCACCUUAGUCGUCGCCCCUCCGCGGCUUUGUGCUUGAAACCAAAAUGAAGAAUAUAAUCUGGCCCUUCUUAUCACUUCGCUUCAAUUUCCU